AUGUUGCAAGCCCGCAUCGACAAUAUCGAAGCUCUCGCCUCAGAAAUCGGACUUUCUCUCAACCCCAACAAAUGCCGCUCACUCCACCUGAGCGGGGCCCAUCCUGUUGGGACGAGACCAUCAAUAUUCAGGGUUGCGGGUGCUUCUAUCCCUGCCAUGGCAGAUUUCGACGCCCAGAAGUUUCUGGGUCGACCUGUGGGCUUCCGAGUGCUGACUGAUGACGUCAACAUCAUCGACCAAACCAUCCAGCGAGGUACAGCACUCCUAACAUCUCUGCUGGCCCCCUGGCAGCGAAUGGAUGCGAUUCGGACCUUCGUCUUCCCGGGUCUAAACUUCAUGAUGAGGUGCGGCACCCUGGGGAAGGACGAUUGGCAACGGCUCGAUGAUGAGCUCCGUCCCCUACUAAAGCGGACGCUCUAUUUACCAUCCAACGCAUCGAAAGGGUAUCUUUAUGGAAGCCCACGGUCUGGAGCUGCAGCCAUACCACUCGCUGCCGAGCUCAGCGACCUCUGCCGGGUGGACAACGCCUUUAAUCUGCUCACGUCUGCCGACUUCGAGGUUCGCGAUAUGGCGUCGCAGGGCCUGUUUGAGGUGGUCUCUACGCGUCUUCGGCGGCCGGUGGAGCAGAGGGACUUCGAGGACUACCUCAGCGGGUCCACGGAGGGCGACUUCCGCGCGCCAGCUUCGCAGCUUCGGUCGGCUUGGACGGAGGCACGUAAGGCGUCUCGCCGCCUGGAUGUGCUGUGGCAGCUGGUCCCUGAGGGCAUCCGGAUAAUCUGCGGUGAAAAAAUGCUCACCUCUUCCCACCGCAAGAAGGUUAUCCGAACGCUGCACGCCCUUCAAUCGGCGACCAGGGACGAAGCUCUCUACUGCAAACCUAACCAGGGCAAGGUGAUGCAGUGCGUGGCCGCUGACCCCGUCAGUUCUCAUUUUAUGCACACCGGGUCCUUGGCGACCAGGGACGAAGCUCUCUACUGCAAACCUAACCAGGGCAAGGUGAUGCAGUGCGUGGCCGCUGACCCCGUCAGUUCUCAUUUUAUGCACACCGGGUCCUUCACCCGGUUUGCAGACUGGCGUUUUAUCCAUAAGGCUAAGCUCAACCUUCUACCCCUGAAUGGAGCCAGCCCAUGGAUAACUGGACGGGACCAGCGUUUCAGAGUGUGUGGGUACGAGAAGGAGACUCUACCCCACGUGCUCUGCCACUGCAUGACAAACAGCGUCAUGUACACGGCCUGGCACAACAGCAUAGUGGCGCGACUACGUACUGCCAGCCGAAACCGGUUCACCAUCACAUACGAAAAUCGCCCGGUUGGCAAUACCAACCUGCGUCCGGAUCUCGUUAUGGUGCGCGGAGAGGCGGCGAUCGUCCUCGAUGUUUAUUGUCCCUUCGACAACAGGCCCGAGGCCUUCUCCGCAGCCCGUGCCGCCAAAGAUGAACCUCUCACCUUUGCUGGUGUCGUCUGUUCUUGCUUCUUCCCCUUCGUGUCGGGCUUCGUCCCCCUCGAGGUGGAUAUGGACCCACUCCCGGUCCUGUCCCUGUUCCUGGACCUGGACCUCGAGGUCGGUCGUCCCCGCGCUCCCGGCCUAGACCUGGAUCUGUCCCUGGACCUCGAGAUCGGUCGUCCCCGCGCACCCGGCCUGGACAUGGAUCUGGAUCUGGACCUGGACUUGGAUCUGGAUCGUGAUGAUUUCGUCGCUGCUCACUCCUGCUUCAUUGCGUAUCGCCUCGUCUAG